CCGGUGUCAGAAGUACUCUAACUUCUAACACGUGGUCGACUGGUAAGGUAAAGCGUUAACAGGAUCUAUCUCGGGGACGUAUUGGCAGGUGACUUAGUUAUUGUAAAUAUGAAAACCAAGCUGUUGUUGUUGUUAUUAGUAUACGCGGUGACGGUUUGUAAACCUACAGAAAUGCCGUGUGCUGUUAAAAAUGGUGGUUGCAAUCAGAAAUGUGUGAAUGUAAAUUCAACAAAUCAUAGGUGUGAAUGCCGAAAAGGUUUUGAAUUUCUUUCGAAUUCCACAACAUAUUGCCAGGAUAUAGAUGAAUGCAUCUCAGUCUGGUCCUGUUCUCAAUUAUGCACAAACCUUGAAGGGGGUUACUCGUGUCAUUGUUCAAAGGGUUAUACACUUGUUCGCAGAAAACACUGUAGGGCUAAUGGUGGUAGUACUGAACUUCUGUUAUCAAGGACCAUUAAUAUUGGAUGGAUCGACAUUGAGAAUGGGACAAAGGCUAAUACUUUUAUACCGUUAACUGAGAAGAAGAACGUGGGCGUUGCUAUUUUCUUGGAUUAUGAUAUUCGUGAUAGUAAGUUUUAUUGGACUGCCUUGACACAGAUUCGAAGUGUUGAUUUUAAUGAUACGAAGAAGGUUACAGUUAUAGCUAACACCUCUGGUAGUGAAGGUAUUGCAGUUGAUUGGAUCCACAAACAUUUGUACUGGACUGACAAGAAACUGAAACAAAUCGUAGUUUCCUCACUUGACGGUCAAAUGAAACGUGCGUUAAUUACCAGAGAUUUAGAUCAACCAAGAUGUAUAGUGGUUGUACCAAAGACUGGAUACAUGUACUGGACUGACUGGGGUAAAAAUCCUAGAAUCGAAAAAUGCGGACUGGAUGGAACCAUGCGCAAAAUCAUUGUUCAGACCUAUAUAAAAUGGCCAAAUUCAAUCACAGUUGACUUGGUGGAGGAACGUUUAUAUUGGGUUGACGCAAAACUUGAUUACAUCGCUACUGUUGAUUUUGAUGGUGGAGAUCGUCGGAUAGUCUAUCAGACUCAGUCGAACACUCACUCAUUUGGGAUUGCUUUAUUUGAGGAUUUCGUGUAUUGGACCGAUUGGAUGACCCAGUCCGUUUACAAAAUGAGUAAAUCCGGAGGAGAGCCAGUUGUAAUUUUUUCAAAUAAACAUCCACAAUUCAGGGGCCUACGGGUCUUCCAAGAAUCCAGGCAACCUUUAUCUAAUAAUAAAUGUGGUACCGAUAAUGGUGGCUGUUCGCAUUUCUGUCUUCCUUCCCCGGAAAGCAACAAUGGUCGUGAGUACAGCUGCGUGUGUUCAGACAAUUUUACACUUUCUUAUGAUGAAAAGUCGUGCGUAGAAUCAGAAUUUGUUCUAACCUCCGGGAAACCUCCACCCAUACCCAGCACAAACACAGUGGGAACAACCGAUAGUGGCAGUGCUAAACUUUUGGUAUCUAAUUCCAACAAUAUUGGAUUGAUCCAUAUUGAGAAUGAGACACAUGAGAUUUUGCUUGGGAAGAAGGAUGUAAGACGUGCUGUUUUCCUGGAUUAUGAUAUUCGUGAUAAUAAAUUUUAUUGGACUGACAUGGUGCGCGACCAGAUUCUAAGUGUUGAUUUUAACGAUACGAAGAACAUAAUGGUGAUAGCUGAGAAUAUUGGUAGUAUUGGUAUUGCAGUUGAUUGGAUUCACAAACAUUUGUAUUGGACUGAUGGAGAUCUUAAACAAAUUGCAGUUUCCACACUUGACGGCCAAAUAAAGUAUGCGUUAAUUACGAAAGAUGUGGAAAACCCAAGAGCUAUAGUGGUUGAACCAAAGAGUGGGUACAUGUACUGGACGGAGUUGGGUCAAAAUCCUAGAAUAGAAAAAUGUGGAUUGGAUGGGACAUUGCGGAAAGUCAUCGUACAUACCGACAUUGAAUCGCCAAAUGGACUCACCUUGGGAUUUCAUGUAUUGGACGGAUUGGAUAACUUUUUCUGUUUACAAAAUACAUAAAUACGGUGGAUACGCACCCGAGGUUGUUUUUACUAGUUUACGUCAACCAAAAGGUAUCCAGGCCAUCCAUGAAUCCAGGCAACCUUUAUCUGAAAAUAAAUGUGGUACCGAUAAUGGUGGCUGUUCUGAUUUGUGUCUUCCCUCGCCUGUGAUUGACAAAGGUCGUAAAUACAGAUGCGUGUGUCGAGACAAUUUUACGCUUUCUUAUGAUGAAAAGUCAUGCGUAGAAUCAGAUUUCGAAACGGACGUGUUAAUAGCCUUGCAUACGGUAAUAGAAAAUCAAAAGGAAGGUCUGGUCCUGUUGAGAGAACUUGUAAAUAAAGAGGGCGAUGGACAGGUUUUAGACAAGACAAUUUCUGAUAAAACAGAGAUACUUGUAGAAGACCAUAAACAGAAUACUCACAAACCUUGUGAUGUUCAUAAUGGUGGUUGUUGGGCUAAAGGUGAUAGUGCUAAACUUCUGAUAUCUAAUAUUUCUAAUAUUGGAUGGAUCUCCACUGAGAAUGAGACGAAGACUAAUAAUUUUGAACUGUUUAUUGAGAAGGACCAUUCUAUUUUCCUGGAUUAUGAUAUUCGUGACAAUAAGUUGUAUUGGACUAACGUGAUGCGAGAACAGAUCCUGAGUGUUGAUUUUAACGAUACGAAGAACAUAAUGGUGAUAGCUGAGAAUAUUGGUAGUAUUGGUAUUGCAGUUGAUUGGAUUCACAAACAUUUGUAUUGGACUGACAGCGAUUUACAACAAAUCGCAGUGUCCACGCUUGACGGCCAAAUGAGAAGUGCAUUAAUUACCAAAGAUGUAGAAAAACCAAGAGCGAUAGUGGUUGAACCAAGCAGUGGGUAUAUGUAUUGGGCUGACUGGGGUGAAAAUCCUAAAAUAGAAAAAUGUGGACUGGAUGGAACCAUGCGCGAAAUCAUCGUGCAGACCGAUAUUGUAUGGCCAAAUGCAAUCACAGUGGAUUUUGUUGAUGAACGUUUAUAUUGGGUUGACGCAAAAUAUGAUUACAUUGCUAGUGUGGAUUUUGAUGGUGGAAAUCGCCGAACAGUCUAUCAAGCACAGUCAAACUCUCAUAACCGUAUAAUUAUAUUGCAUAUGCUAUGUAAGGCUGGUCCCAGGGUUAGCAUGUUUUCCAAUUAG